CCGUGCUUGGCCAAAAAUCACUCCGUUCCGUCUCCUACUGCAGAUAAACUCUGCUUCUUCACCUGAGACUUUGCAAGGUACAAUAUAUCAAGAAGAUAAACUAAUGAUGGGAACUGAAGACAAACUUAAAGUUCUGAUUUGUGGAGGAGGAAAUGGUGCUCACUGUUUGGCGGGAUUGUCAGCCAGUAAACCAGAACAUGAAACACGUGUUCUUACAUUAUACGCCGAUGAAGCAGAAAGAUGGACAAAAAUCCUUCAAUCUGACGAUUUGACGGUCACCAUCAUGAAAAACGACGGGAGUUCUGAUGAGGUAAAGUCUAAACCUUCUCUUAUAACAAAGGAUCCUAAGGCAGCCGUCACUGGUGCUGACGUCAUAUUUCUGAUUGUCCCUGCUUUUGCACAUGAACAAUAUUUUAGAGAGAUUUCGCCUUUUGUUGGUGACAACACAGUGAUUGUUGGGCUUCCAGGCCAAGCAGGAUUUGAAUUUCAGUGUUUGAAUAUGCUUGGUGAGAAAUCUAAAACGUGCACCAUUAUGUCUGCCGAAUCACUCCCAUGGGCAUGUAGAAUCUUAGAAUUUGGUCGCCUUGUACAAAUUCUAGGUGUCAAGGAAACAUUGGGAGUUUCAAAACUUCAGGGGAGCCAAUCAAAGUUGAAGGGAUCGCCCUUUGAAAUCGUUCAGAACGUUUUGGGCCCCAAGCCAGUCUUGAGAGAAAUUCAGAACUACAUUGCUGUAAAUCUGAUGGCAAAGUCUAUCAUUCAUCCGCCCUUGAUGUACGGGAAAUGGUCGACGUUUGAUGGAACCCCUUUGAAUGAGAAGCCGCUGUUUUACCAAGGAGUAGACGAAAAGCAAGCCAAAUUGCUGUCUGAUGUAAGCGACGAAUGCAUCGCCAUCGGAAAAGCAAUAGAGAAACAGAUCCCUGGGAUGGACAUGUCGGAUGUUAUUCAUAUUUUUGACUGGUUCCUCACCUACUACGCAGAUCAGAUUACUGACAAGACAAACCUAAUGAUGGCCAUGCAGACAAACAAGGCAUACGACGGUUUGCUCCACCCCAUGAAAGAAGUGGGGGAGGGUCAGUUUGUGCCGGACUUUACCUACCGGUACACAGCGGAAGACAUUCCCUUUGGUCUGGUUGUUAUGAAGGGGAUCGGUCAGCUGGCAGGAGUGCCUACCCCGGUGAUGGAUGAAAUCAUCACGUGGGCUCAAGACAAACUUAACCAGGAGUAUCUCACUGGGUCCGAAUUAACGGGGAAAGAUGUGUCGAAGACAAGAGCCCCGCAAAGAUUUGGAUUUAAAAGUUUGCAGCAGUUGUUUGACUUUUAGUUAUGCUGACAUUUAUGCACAGGACACUGUAAUAUGAGGGGGAAUGUUUUUUACUCUGUCAUAGAUUCAUACUCUAUCAGAAAAGAAUCUCCCAACAGACAAACGUUUGUAAAAUUUAUGGUAGAAUACUUAUGUACAUAAUACUUCGUUGAGGACAAUCAUAUCUAGAAUUCAAUUAUAUUUAAUUUAUCAACUUCGUUUUUCAUAGAACUUUUUUUACGACUCCUUGAAAACAACUAUAAUAAUAAUUUUCGAGUAAGAUGAUUGAAAUGCGGUCAUUCUAAUCUCAGCUAUAAAAUUUCAAUCGCUCCAAAAAUCUUUCCCAUUUUUACUUCCCAGCAAUUGCAAUAUCAAACUGUAGAAGGCAUUCAGUGAUACAUCCUCGCAAGCCAGGGGCCCUGAGUCAACACGUUGCCGUUGUGUUGACUCAGGACCUCUGGCUUGCGAGGAUGUCAGUGAUAUAUCUGUCACUGUUGCCAUGAAAAACUACGUAUCCAUAUACAUGUAAUAAAUCCCUGUAUAUUUUUAUAUUGUUGUCGUGUAGCCUAUUCCAAUGCGAUAUUGUUAAAUCAUUUGACCUUGACCUUGAUGUUUGACUUACUUUUGAAAAACUUUAACCUUUUCCAAAUCUAUUCAAUGGUUGCUGCUAGGGCUUUCAUAUUUCAUAGGUACAUUUCUCGAGACGAGACCUUACUUUGGGUAGCAACAUUAUUGAUUUGAAUUUGAGAAAGUUUAACCUUUGCUAUAAGUUGCCAUACGGGGGCAUCAGUGUUUCACAAACACAUCUUAUUCAAAUAGAAAUAUUACAAUAUACUGUAUAUACAUGCAGCACUAAAUCUAAAUAAAAGUUUUGUAUGAGUCAAA